AUGGAUUCGUUGAGCUUGUCAGUGAACGCGGUGUCCUUCACCGUGGCGACAGAGAUCUUCUCCACCGAUGACCCGUUCACUGGACCCAUCAAGAACAUCGCGCCGUGGAACUUCACCGUCCUGGCCGUCCUCAUGUUCGUGAUCACAUCGCUGUCUCUGACCGAGAACUUCCUGGUCAUGUUUGUCACUUUUAAGUUCAAGCAGCUCAGACAGCCGCUCAAUUACAUCAUAGUGAAUCUGGCCAUCGCGGACUUCCUGGUGUCCCUCACGGGGGGGCUGAUAAGUUUCCUGACAAAUGCCAGGGGCUACUUCUUCCUCGGAAAGUGGGCUUGCAUCUUGGAGGGGUUUGCUGUAACUUUCUUUGGGAUCGUGGCCCUGUGGUCCUUGGCUGUUCUUUCCUUUGAGCGCUUUUUCGUCAUCUGCCGCCCGCUGGGGAACAUCCGGCUGCAGUCCAAGCAUGCCAUGCUGGGUCUGCUGUUCGUGUGGACGUUCUCCUUCAUCUGGACGUUCCCUCCCGUGCUGGGCUGGAACAGAUACACUGUGAGCAAGAUUGGAACCACGUGCGAGCCUGACUGGUACUCAACCAACAUGAGCGAUCACAGCUACAUCAUCACUUUCUUCGCCACCUGUUUCAUUUUGCCUCUUGGGGUGAUAUUCUACUGCUAUGGGAGACUGCUGCGGAAACUAAGAAAGGUGUCUCAUGGUCGUCUUGCAACGGCGAGGAAGCCUGAGCGACAGGUGACCCGUAUGGUCGUGGUGAUGAUUGUGGCGUUCAUGGUAGGCUGGACGCCCUAUGCUGUCUUUUCCAUAUUGGUCACGGCUCAUCCAACCAUCAAACUUGACCCGAGGUUGGCAUCCAUCCCUGCUUUCUUCUCCAAGACCGCUGCUGUCUACAACCCUAUCAUCUACGUCUUCAUGAACAAACAGUUCAGGAAGUGUCUGAUUCAGCAUUUCACCGGAAUGGGAACCAUCCCAGAGAGCAACUUAAACCAGACUUCAGAGCGACCAGGAAUUACGGCUGAGAGUCACACGGGGGAAAUGUCUGCCAUCGCCGCCCGCAUCCCCAUGGGUGGCACUACGUCACCCAGAUCUGAUGACUCCCAGACUGACUGUGGUUCCUUUGCACAGCUUCCUAUACCAGAGAACAAAGUGUGUCCACUGUAG